CCCGCAGCAAGGGAGUAGGUGGGACAUGUCCACCUUCAGCUCAUGGGAGGACGACGACGAGGCCAAGGAGACCUUGCCAUAGAGGGUGGCCAGAAGGACUUGUUGGGUAUCAAAUACCAGAGGUGCGACAAGCGACGCUUCGCCCGAGAAGGACAUCGUGGAUCUCGACUCCCCGCCCAGCCCCCGGCAAGAGGCCCCUCCCCAGUAGCCGACGGAGGGUGCAAACGAUGCCGUCGAUGCCUCCUCCUCCAUCCCCGUGCAGACGGGGACGGAGCACCUGGAGGUAGCUCGUGAGGGCUCGACCCCUCAAGGGAGAUCUCUGGCGGAGGACCUCACCACUGAAACAGUCCCGAUCAAGGACACAUCGGGGGGAGGACCUCUAGCGAGCAGGUGAUGACGGAGGAUGCCACGUAGGAGACGAGAAUCCUCCUCAACAGAACCCACUGAUAAUUUCCCGUGUCGUUGGAAUGCUGGUUUCAUUUCCACGCCAUUGUUUUCUUCCUUGUGUUUUUGUCUUGUUGAACUUCCUCUCGGACCAAUCUUUCUUCUCUUUGCUUGAAUGUCCAGUAGCGCCGGAGGAUCUCAGUGUCGAUGUCGAUGUCGUGGGGAUCGCCAAGGAGGCGGCCGAGGAAGCCAUCCACGUCGCGGCCGAGGAGGAGGAUGUGCGAGGAUGUGCGCCGUGCCACCAGGGACAUCAACAAGCAGGUCCUAGAGGGGCCGACCCUGGACACAGCCGACGGUGCCGGAGGGGCCCCUGUUGUUGGAGUGACAGGGGUGGGCAUGUCCUUCCUCCUUCAGUCUGCCCGCGCUAGUGCUGCUAGUUCGUUGUCAAUGGUGCAGCCACCGCUAAGCCGAUACGUGCGGGUUGACGACCUGAGGUUCGUCAACUUCCCUCGGAAUGACAUCCUCAAGGCUUUGUUCGAGGAAGUGACCCUGGACGAGGCGAUCACCACUCCCAGCAGGGUAGUAAUGUUCGACCCGUUCGACAGGAGCGACGAGGCCAAGGACCAUGCUAUCCUCGUGUCCUUGACCAACUGGUUCCGGCGGCUACACACGCACUAUGCCAGCCGUUCGGAGAAGCCGGCUCACCGAGAAUUCCUCCUCGAGGUCCCCGAAGAGAGGUUCUGGGUGCUCGAUACCGAAAUGCAGACAUGGUUUGCUAUGACCCGCUAGGAACUUGGUUAGACGAUAGUAGCGCUCAAUGCGACCGAGGCAGACUUCAUCAACCGGUAGGCCGAGGCUGAUAAGACGUGGCAGGAGGCCGAUGAGGAUAUCACCAACCAGGACACGGAGUUAAGGCGCAAAAGAUCUCCCUCGACUACCAGGAAGAAGAGCUCGCGGACCAUGACAAAGAUCUCGCUGACAAGCUCAAGGUCGAGCUGGGCAAGCAGGUUCACGUCCUACAGCUGGAGCGUAGGUUGCAUUCGCGAAGCAGGCCAUUGAGUAUGUCGGCAAGCUUCAGGAGGCCAUGAAAGACGUCGAGGCCGUCCGUCUUGCCAAGGCCGAGUUGGAGGGCAAGGUGCAGCGGCUGGAGCUGGACCUCGCUGCAUCUGGGCGGACAAUCUCAUUAUUGAAGGAGAACGUCCACAAGGACACCCAGGCCUUGGCGGACAUGCAAGCCACGCUCGCUAGCAAGGCUAGAGACCUGUAGGUCACUGUGACCACUAGCUCUGACUUGCUUGGGAGGGAGGCCACCCUAGAGGGUAUCCUCAAGACCGACUAAGACAUAGAGUGCAACCUGCUCAAGGACCUCGAGAAGGAGAGAGCCUUCGUGGCUUCCGCCGUGCUCUCCUCCAACGAGCACCAGGAGAAUGUCCACCUAUGGACGACGCAACUCGUCAACCUUGCUGAGUAGCUCUCCACCGAACUGGUGAAGAUGGGCCUGAAGAAGUGCACCUUCCCUAGUGAUGGACCGGAGGCGGUGAGCACGAGGUUGUCCGUCUUCUUAGGGAAGCUCGUAGGUGCCUUGGAGAAGUAUGACGUGGAGCAGGAAGACAGCUUCCUUUAGUGCUGCCGUGAGUUGUGCCAUGAAGUCCCCCACAAGGUUCGGGUGAAAAUCGGUAACCACAACCCUGGCCUCGACUUGACCAAGGCUAUGUCUAGGUUGCCGAAGGACUUUGACACCAGCGAGAUUGACGGACUUGUCGCCCCCAUCUUCGACAAGGCCAACUCUGUAACCCUGAACUCUUAAGUUCUUGUUCCUGUAAUAUUCAUGCCAAAGGCGUUUCCCUAGGAUUAGUAUCAUGAACUUGUUUUUAUUUGUAAUUGAUACGUCUCCGUCAUAUCUACUUUUCCAAACUCUUUUGAUAUUGUCUUGGACUCUAAUUUGCAUGA